AUGCAAUAUGAACAUGAGAAUGUUGAGUUUGCAGAGAAUCGGUCUCGUGGUCACGUUCACCCAGCAGUGUUAAGUUUGGGUUUGCACUUUCAUGAAUUUUCAAUAUCUGGUGGCAAUGCUCGUUGCAUCGCUAUGUUGGACGCAUUCAAAAAAGUUAUCCUGGAUUAUACCACACCUCUUGGUACUUCCCUUCAAAGACACUUGACCCAGCAUAUCAGCAAGCAGGUAGAUUUUCUAUCCAAUAUGCGAUCUCUCAGUGCUAGUAUGAAGAGCGCCAUUCGUAAACUCAAGUCUGUCAUUUCUGGACUUUCAAUUGACACCCCUGACGAGGAUGCCAAGGCGUCUAUUUAUGUGGCAAUUGAGACCUACAUUGAGGCUUCUAUCACAUUGGCAGAUACUGCAAUUGUAUCCAUUGCUAUAAAUGAAAAAAAAAUCAAGGAUGGCGAUGUAGUGUUGACCUAUGCUCGGUCAUCUGUUGUACUUAAACUAUUACACGAGGCUCAUGAUCAGGGUAUUAAGUUUAGCGUCGUUGUUGCUGAUGGGCGUCCAAAAUUGGAAGGCAAGGAAAUGCUGAAACAAUUAGUUCGUGCGGGUAUCAAAUGCACCUAUACUCUUACCAGCGCAUUGCCUUUUACCAUUAAGGAUGUUACAAAGGUAUUCUUAGGUGCUAGCUGUGUGCUGUCAAACGGAGAUGUGAUGGCACGUGUAGGGACAUCAGUCGUUGCCAUGACUGCAUACAAUGCCAAGAUUCCUAUUAUUGUCUUGUGUGAGAAAUACAAGUUUUCCGAGACUGUUCGCCUGGAUUCAUUUGUAUGGAAUGAGAUUGACCAAAAGGCUGCAAUGUCACAGUUGCAUCCAGCAACCGUCCGAUGGCGAGAUAUUGAACAACUUCGACUUUUGAACUUGUUUUAUGACAUGACACCAGCCAAAUUUAUUACACUUAUUAUAUGCGAGUCGGGACAGAUUCCUAGCAAUGCUGUAUUGAUUAUCAUGAGAGAUUAUAACGAUCUGGAGACCAAAGUGACUUUGCAAGCGUGA